CUUCCCCACAUACACACUCUCUCUUGCCAGAAGACGAAGAAGGCGGAUCAAUUUUCUGCAACUUGCGCGACGAAGAAGCUGCAAAAGUGGAAGAAAAGCCAUUCGCACUUCGUUCGUGCGGACACUCUUAGGUAAGAUCAUAAGCAAUGUCGCCCCAACCAGCUAGCUUACUUCCGUUUGGUUGGUGAGAAAAUGCAAUAGCCGAAUUUAGUGACUUCAUAUUUUCAAUUUUGUAUUUAUUUGAAAGGAAAUGAAAUGAACUUUUACUCCACUGCAUGUGCUGAAAGCAGCUGUUUGGCUUAAAUUUUUUCUCAGCAACGCAACAAAUGGGAGGGGUUGGGGUUGAAUAACUUGAAUUCGUGAAUAACUCUUUCACAUUUCCUUGUUUGUUCCUCCUAGACGUGGCGGAAGCUCGUGGAAUUGUGGAUUUUGGUUGUUUUUAGUAUUUCUUUUAGUUUUUCGAGUUGCCAUGAUGUUUCUUUUGAAGCUCUUUUUAGAUGAUAUGUGGUUUCGUGAAAAGUUCUGUUAUAUAAGACGAUAUUGUGAGCCGGUGUUCAAGCAGCACCACAGCUUGAAUAUUGCAGGAUUUUUCAAGCGCCUUGUGGUACUGUAAAAGCAAAAUCGAAUCUCAAAAAGGCUUCCGCACAUUUUGAUAUUUUCAGCUUUAAGCUUUUACCUCUCUCUCACUCUCUCCGGGGAACAGUGCUUGCUUUACUGCAGAAGUGAGAUAUUCUUUUUUUUUUUUUUUCACUAUUUCUUUACUAUUUAGAUUACUGAAAUUUGUUGAUUCGACGGUGGAGAUCUCAUCUUCAUCAAAGUUUUAUGUGUCUGCAUUGACCAGCGACAAGGAAUUUGAGCUGUGUGGUCAACUUCUGUCUUGAAUAUGGAUCAUAGAGUGAAAUCAUUUGCUUAGCUUUUUGCUAGUGCUUUAAUUUUAUUCCUUUUAGAACCUCAAAUUUACCCACUUUUGUAGAAAAUUACCUCCACAAUGCCAACCAAAUAAUAUCUCGGAUUGUUUUAAUGGCGCUCGUAACUUUCCGCAGACAAAAUCAGAAGGGUUUGAGCAUUUUAUGAAUUUUUUAAAAAAUUAUUACUGUGCAUAGUCGCGUCCCCGCUCCACUCUCCACUCUCCACAAUCGGCGGCAAAGAUGAAGGAGCGUACUCAAAACGAUCACACCGAGUCACCCACGACCCACUCUCCGCAAUCAUCUUGCUUGUACAGUCAAAAGAAUGCCCUCUAAUGGAAGUCAAUUUACCAAAUGCUCCGGCUUGUGUCUGUGCGACUGUGCCUCUCAGAUCCGACAGGUGUAAUUUGUGCUUGUAACGUAGCGUUUAUAACCUGAUCAAUAUGUGGGAUGGAGCCUCAGCAUGUAGGUCCCUCGUGAGUGCAAUUAUGGGGCUUGGGCGCCUGCAACUGUGGAAGCAGUGAAUGCAUAUCGAUCCACCUAAGGUGUUGUGUUUUGGGUAGCAUUUUGAACUGGUUCUCUAGCCUUUUGUUUUUUUAAAGCAAAAAACAAAAUUGCUUUGAAAAGUAGAUUCUUAACAAAAGCAAGAGGAGCCAAGGGGAGCGGAUAAUUUCAUUAUGUUUUCCAGGAGAGGUUUUCUUUGAAUCUCUCUUAUUUUUAUCCCCCACUUCCCCGAAACUAGCCGCUAAAAUUGACCGGUUUAUUUGAAUAGUGUGUUUUCCACAUUGGCUCCAUAUUGUUGAGAGGGGUGUCUGUCGGUGAAGCCAUUUACUUAUUUAUUUGCUUUUUUUAGCAAAUGAAGAAGCUAUUUAUUUCUUCUUGAAUUGAUGUACCUUGACAUUGAAUUCUUGGCUCUGUUUCUUUCUCAACUUGUGAUUUUCUGAGCCAUUUCAGGCUUUGUGGGACGGGAAGCAUUGAAGUAGGGAAGCUCUUGUAUCCCCCUAUUUAUCACGUACCCAGAAGGAAGUUAUAUUAUGCAGACUCCAAAACCAAGAAUUGGCUCCUCAGAGGCGCCUCAAAGGGUUUCUCCUCGAGCUGUACGCCAGCUCAAGGCAACUGCAUUGGAGGUCAACUCUGCAUCAUCAUCUCAAGCUGCUUUAACUCAAAAAAAUAGAAGCCCUAAAGUUGCUGAGCGCAGAUCACCAAGGAGCCCUGUGCCUGAGAAGAAGCGCCCAAACCGAGUGUCUGAAUUGGAAUCUCAGCUUUCUCAGUUUCAGCAGGAUCUGAAGAAUGUUAAAGACCGACUGAUUUCAUCUGAAUCAUGCAAGAAACGAGCUCAGCAGGAUGCCGAGGAGUCCAAGAAACAACUAUUAGCUGUGUCUAUUAAGCUUGAAGAGUCUCAGCGGCAGCUUCAGGCACUGUCUGCUCCCGAGGAAACUCGUGUCAUCGAGCUGUGUGACCUCUCUCAAGAAUUGAGUCAAGCAUCACAAUCCAAACUUGAGGCUAUUCAGAAGCAGCACUCAGUUGCCUUGGCCUCUGCCAUGAAUGAGAUUCAGCGGCUGAAAGUUGAGCUUGAAACAGUUGCUGAAUCUGAAGUUGCACAGACCAAGUGUGCAGAAUCAGCACAUGCUGAGAUUCAAAGCUUGAAAGGCAACCUGGCAGAAACCCAUUCUUUGUUAGGCAGCAUGAAAUCCCAACUAAUGGAGAGCAAAGAAUCAGAAUUACAGGCUGAAGCAAUUGUUACUGAAACUCUGUCGCAAUUGGAGACAGCAAAAAGAACUAUAGAAACUCUCAAAUCAGAUGGCAUUAAAGCCACAGAGGCUUACAACUCCAUAGCAUCGGAGUUAAACAAGUCAAGGACACAUGCAAACUUACUCGAAGAGCUUGUCAGUAAACUUAAGGUAGAUUUCAUCAAUGCUAGCAAUACUACUGGAAAUCCUGCAGGUGAAUUUCUACUUGGUGAAGCAAUCACAGAGAAUCAAAAGAAUGGAGAGUCAAACCAGCUCAAUUCAGAAUUUGAUUCUUUGAAGUUUGAAAUGGAGCAGUUAAGAUCUGCCCUUGAAACUGCUGAGAUCAGCUUUCAUGAAGAACAAAUUCGGAGCACAGUGCAGCUUAGAAAUGCUUAUGAACUGCUGGAGCAGGUCAAGACUGCAUCAAGUCUCAGAGAGGCUGAACUGGAGGCAGAGCUGAAGAGAACAAAGAAAAUUAUAGAAGAAUUGAAGACGAACCUGAUGGAUAAGGAGACUCAAUUACAGGGCAUUUUGGAGGAGAAUGAGGUGUUAAAUAUGGGACUCAAAAAGAACCUCUUGUACCAAAGAGAGUGUGAAUUGGAAGCAAAGCUGAAGAAAUCAAAGGAAAAUGUUGCAGAUUUGAAGGCUGAUUUGAUGGACAAGGAGACAGAGCUGCAAAAUAUAAUGGAGGAAAAUGAGAUUAUGAGGUCAGAAAUCAAGAGAAGGGAAAUGGACAGGGGUAACACUUAUAAUGAGGCUGCUGCACAACUAGAAGCUGCAAGGGCUGCAGAACGGGAAGCUCUGAUGAAGCUUGGUUUUGCAAUGGAGGAGUCGGAAAAGAGCAACAGAAGGGCAACACGGGUGGCUGAGCAGCUGGAGGCCACACAGGCAGCAAAUUCAGAAAUGGAGGCAGAGUUGAGGAGGCUAAAGGUGCAGUCUGACCAAUGGAGGAAAGCUGCAGAGGCAGCUGCUGCCAUGCUUUCUGCAGGUAAUAAUGGGAAGGUCAUGGAAAGAACAGGUUCACUGGCAAGCAACUAUAAUCAUGUUGCAGGGAAGUUUGGCUCGCCUUGCUCUGAAGACAUGGAUGAUGAUCCACUGAAGAAGAGAAAUGGGAACAUGCUAAAGAAGAUUGGGGUGUUAUGGAAGAAGCCACAGAAAUAGAGGCAGCAUAAUUAUGGCAGAGCAGUGCUCACACUUUUGGCAGCUACUAUGGGGUGUGAUAAGCAAGUCUUCAUGAGAAGAAAUUGAGUGGCAACAGUAGCUCUAUUCCGAAGCUUUCUGUAGUAGAGUGGUGAUGGUAACUUCAAAGCUCUAUCCAGGUCCUUUUCCUUUAAUCAUAAUCACUAUAUUAUAUUGUAUGAAAAAGUUCUCUAUAAAAAUUUACCACCAACCGUAUGAAUCAAUCAAACUUCACUGCCUUUGAACUGACUUGUAUAUACUUUCAAAUGCUGGGUGCGUAGCCAUAUUCUAAUGCUUUUUAUUCAUCUA